CCGCCCGCGCAGCUCAUCAAAAACCCUAGAAGAGAGCGCUUCUACAUCAUCAUCAUCCUCCUCCUCCUCCUCCUCCUCCUCCACCUCUGCCUCCGCGAUGGCGUCGUCGUCGACGGUGCUCCAGUUCCACCCCUCGGCGACAAUCGUGAGCGCGAGGGUCCAACCCGUCGUCCUCUUCAACAUCUGCGACAGCUACGUGCGCCGCCCCGACCAGGCCGAGCGAGUCAUCGGCACCCUCCUCGGCUCCGUCUCCCCCGAUGGCACCCUCGACAUUAGGAACUCCUACGUCGUCCCCCACAACGAAUCCGCCGACCAGGUUGCUUUGGAUAUUGAUUACCAUCACAACAUGUUCAGUUCCCAUCAAAAGGUGAAUCCAAAGGAAGUGAUAGUUGGAUGGUUUUCAACUGGCUUUGGUGUUUCUGGAGGGAGUGCACUGAUUCAUGAAUUCUAUUCGAGAGAAGUACAAAAUCCUGUUCAUCUUACUGUUGAUACUGGCUUUAGAAAUGGGGAGGCUUCCAUCAAGGCUUAUGUUUCUGUUAGCUUAUCUCUUGGAGAUAAGCAACUCGCUGCACAAUUUCAAGAAAUUCCUCUUGAUCUAAGGAUGAUUGAAGCAGAAAGAGUUGGAUUUGACUUGCUAAAGACAACGAAUGUGGAUAAGCUUCCUAAUGAUCUAGAAGGAAUGGAGUCCUCAAUGGAGAGGCUGUAUGCUCUUAUUGAUGAUGUUUACAAAUAUGUGGAUGGCGUUGUUGAAGGACGCAUAACACCAGAUAAUAACAUUGGUAGAUUUAUUGCUGACACUCUGGCUUCAAUGCCUAGAAUAUCUCCAGCAGCUUUUGACAAGCUAUUCAAUGACAAGAUUCAGGAUAAUCUUGCAUUGGUUUACUUGUCGAGCCUUAUAAGGACACAGCUCAGCAUAGCCGAGAAGUUGAACACGGCUGCUCAGAUCUUGUAGUUUUCUCCUGUAUACGAAUCGAAGCGGGUAACUUACUGAUGCUAUAUCUGCUAGUAAAUUUGAUCUAUAGUAUUCCUUAUUGAAGGUGUGAAAUCAGCAGGUUGGCAUAUUCUUGCUCCAUUAUUUUUAUGGUUUCUUAUUUUCAAAGAAUCUGAAAGUUCAUCUUGUUUCUGUGCUACUAUAGUACUACUUAGAGGUUCACUGUACUGUUGGGAUGUGGUUUAGUUCAGAGCAACUAGAGAGAUUUAUUGUUGUUGUUUCCGGAUGAGUAGGUUUUGUUCUCUCAUUUCUAAUGAAUUUGAUGUUUUUGUUCGACUUGUUUUGAGUUUUGACCUUGUGCAUUAUUUCAAA